GCGACAAGAGGAGACCGCUUGUCCACUAAAAGAAACCUGCGAGAGUCUCUGCGUCAUGUCCCCUCCUCACAGUGACCUGUAGCUUUCUGUUUUCUUACCUUUUUUCUUUUCUUUUUUUAGUUGAACGUGACGGAGAGUUUAGCAGAACUAUUGCCGUGCACUCCUCUUUUCCAGGGCUUUAUACACAACGUCCCCUUUUUAUUUUGGUGCGUGGAAAAUGUCGCUUCUGAGGGCGGGUUUCCUCAUCUGAGUGUGCCGAGGCUCCUGUGAAGACUUUCCUGUUUUAUCUGAAGUUGUCAUGGAAAGAGGAAACGCUUUGUGAGCACGAAGGAGUGGGCGGGCCCCUGUGACAUCAGCAUGGUGAACAGCCAGGCCUCCGGUGCACCGGCGGCUCCCAGGUCGUGUGCCGGCUGCGGGGGGAAGAUCUCUGACCGCUUCCUGCUCUUCUCCAUGGAGCUGUACUGGCACACACGCUGCCUCAAGUGCUCCUGCUGCCAAGCCCAGCUGGGGGACAUMGGCACCACCUGCUACAGCAAGGGGGGGAUGAUUCUGUGUCGCAGCGACUACAUCAGGUUGUUUGGGCACAGCGGGGCAUGCAGCGCCUGCAGACAGUCGAUCCCAGCUAACGAAAUGGUGAUGAGGGCACAGGGAAACGUUUACCACCUCAAGUGUUUCAGCUGUGCGACCUGUAGAAACAGACUGAUGCCCGGGGAUCGCUUCCAUUACAUCAACGGCACAAUCUUCUGUGAGCAUGACCGGCCUGGUGCUGCCUUGCUCAGCAGCCACCUGGCUCCACUUCAGAGUAACUCUGUGCUCACAGACCAGAAGGUAUGCUGAGCUGUCCUGCACCACACACCCUUUGACCAUCACGUCUUCUCCCGAUGAGGAUCCAGAUGUUCCAACCAUGUCGGAAACUAUGUUCUGCAAAAUCCUGUUUUUGUUGAUAAAGCUGUCUUUGUGUGAUGUAAAGACUAAAGAUUAUGUGGACUGGUAUAGSUAAAGACCCCCUCAGAACUGAUUAAAGCUGAGACAGGUGGCAGGUAAACUUGCAUCAACUUCCAUGAGGAGCAAAAAAAGAAAAAAGUCAUGAAUAUUUGAAGGACUGCUAUGAAAUGACACCAGGCAGCGUUUGUGUUUUUCUGCUUGUGGUUUUAUUCAACCCCUGAUAUUUUCCUUGUAUAUAAUGAUUAUGAGAUCCAAUCACUGAGAAUUACAUCAAGUGUUUAUGAGUGUCAGACAAAAUACCUGAAACUCAUCAGUCACAGAAAAACUCUUUGAUGAGUUUAAAAAAACCAGGAUCAGAACCCAUCGGUGUGCAGCUCAUCAUCCACGCCUGCUGGUUCGUCACAUGCUCUGCUCAAAGGAGUGAAACAAUCUGGUAAUGGAUCUGCUAGUUUCCUUUCAGUUUUCUUUCUCUCAGACGCCUGCUCGGUGGGUUUGGGAUGGGGGCAGGGGGUGUUAUGAAAACAAAACCUCCUAUUAAAGCAGUUUUUCUGUAGCAUGUCACAGAGCAACCUGAGGUCACUGCAGCAUUAGAGUGGUAAUGGUACCUAGCAUGGCGAGUGUUCCAGUCCUCUCUCACUCUCUUUAGCCCUGUAUGGUAAAAACAUGGCUAAUUACCCCAAGGAAUGGAAUUAGGGGGCUUGAGCUCUGUCCAUUUACAGAAGCAAUUAAAUACGAGCCCUGUAUCUGUGCUGCCGGAGCUCCUGGGAGCCUGAACUUGGGGCAUAUCCUGUGGCUGGCUGCCUCCAAUAAAGCCUAAUCUGAAAGCAGUCUAAUUAAAGGGGAGUGCCCCCUCCCCUCCACAUACAGGGCGUUUGAAACAAUCUGAUGUAUUUACUGUUUACUAUGUUCCAAUUAAACCUCCCACUCAACCCGGUUUGUUUUCCAUCACAACUCCUUUGUUCUUUUGCUCGGCUUCUGGAAAUGGUUUCUUUUUUUUUUCUAAAGUGUGCCUUUUUUAACUCUACGUGGAAACUUUCAAGCCUCAGCAUACCAUCGGAGGUUGGGAGUUAAUCUUUGUGGAGUGAGGUUGUGUGUAGGAAGCAGACGAUAGCAUCUGCUCUACUUCGCACCUAGCCUGCACGCGUGGCUGCCGUCAAACCCUCACCUUAAUGCGCUUAGCUGUUUCAAAAACGUCCCACUUGUCAUGGUCUGCGCUGAUACUGCAUCAAUUAUUUAUUCCACGUCUGAUCAAAAAGCGUCACACAAAUUCAUUAACGUAUGCAAAUGAUCACAAUUACAAUUAUCUUUGUAUCGUGAUGGUGAAGAAAUAAAACCCAGGCACACUCCUGAGUCCCACCGCUCCACAAGUUACACUUUGCAUUCAAACUAAUCAAGCUUCAUCUGCCUCCUCCUAAUUAGCCAGAACAUUUUCAGAUGCCAAUUAGCAGGUCUCAUGAAAAAGCUCUUUGCCACAAGGCGUUGUCUUUUAUCAGAGCUUCUGCAGGUGUGUGGCUCACCAUGUAGCCCGUGUCAUAGAAAAGGGUUUAUUCCUGCUAAUUAAUCAUAUUAACACAUGCAGAUGAGUGUAAUUGCCUCAGCUUCUCCACCUCACACUGUGUGAAGACACAAGAAGAUGCUAGAGUAUGUUUUUACUUGCUUAUUAUAGAGGCAAAGCAGAUCGACAGAACCUUGUACUUGUCUAGACAGCCCAGUGAUGCAGAUCCAAGAUGGCAGCCAACCUUAUAUGUUGGCGUCACCACGUCAGUGUAGACAGUUUGAGUAUGUUCUACCUUGGUUAACAGCCUUUCCUUUAUGCAGAAAUAUUUUAUAUUAAUGCCAAAAMCACAAAAGUUUGGUGUUUUCGUUUAGCUGCAUGUCAAACAUCUCCAGCUGCUGUUAGCAUUGUAGCCUGCGUAGCCACUGUUGUCAUCAGAAGUCAUGAAACUGCAAGUGUGGUCAUACUGCUCUUCAGUAUGUGAGACUCACAUGUCACAUUUUCAUGUGGAAAAAACUCCUUAAACUUUUCCAUGCUAACAAAAACCACAACAAAGUAACAUCAUUAGCAUCAUUAGCUGCUUGGCCUUGGCCACAAAUCUGUAGGAUUUUGUUCUCCUUUGUGAUUUGGUGGUAAGAAAGACAAUGUCAUAUGAAGCUAYAUAUACAUGACAGAAUGCUUAUGCUGAUAGUUAGUGAUAAAUCACUUCAGGUGUCACGACAGUGCAACUUGGAGAGUUUAAUAUUUACACCAGUGACCUUUGACCUUUUGUGUUCACAAUAUUAUAGUUAAUGUUCCACUGGUUUCUGCUGACAUUUGGGGAUUAAAUUUGUUUCUGUAUCAAACUGAUUAAGUUGGAGUUUCGGUCACUUUAGUGUCGGUGCUUGUCAAUACUCAUUCUCUACUCCAACCAGAAAUAAUAAAGUACAAUGUUUGUUGUCUGAGGAUUUCUCUCAGAAAAAGUUUAAUACUAGAACAACAGUGGAAAUCAUCUGUAAAAACCUUGCUGGUGAAUUAAGGCACAGGUACCCUGGAAACUGCUUGUUUAUACAGAAUGUAAAUUUUACAUAGUGUGACUUUGUAUUAAGUGUUGUUAUAUACAGUAUGUUGUCCACUUGACUUGUGUCCGUUCACCAAACAUCUGAUAAACCAAUGAACAAUUUUCAAUAAAACUUUCAGAAAUUA